CGAUGGCUCCUGUCGUCAAGCUCCUCCUCUUUGCUGCACUCCUGCUCCGUAUCUCUGCAACAGCGGACGGCCAGGGAUGCGAUCUGUCCAGCAUUCAGGCGCAGCAGACCAACACAGGGGAGAAGGUGGGCAACGACCCGGUGUUCGAAGUGGAGGUGAAGAACGUGUGCAGCUGCACCAUCUCCAGCGUGUUCCUUCGCUGCUUGGGCUUCGCCAGCUCCAUGGUGGUCGACCCCAAGCUGUUCCGGCGUGAAGGCACCGACUAUGUCGUCAACGACCGCAAGGGCAUCCCCAGUUCGCAGUCCGUCAAGUUCCGCUACGCCUGGGACAGAGCCUUCGCGAUGUCUCCUGCGAGUCUGCAAGUAAAUUGCUGAUGAAGCAGUGGCACUCACUGGCCAUGGCUGCAACACAAGAUCCGAACACUAAUGAUCUUUCGAAGAGCUUAGGAUGCAGGCGUUGCAAUGCAUUUGAAUUCGUCUGCAUGGAAUAAAAGCUUUCUCUUUAUCAUUGCAAUAUUUAUGUGGAGUUUCAUGAAUGAAACAAGUACUCGUCAUUGUCUUUC